AUGUCGUCGCAGACCAUGACAGCGCCAGCGGUGGGCCAUCGACCUCCUGAUGCAGGUCCAGAUAUGUCGUCCCUGUUCGACUAUGGCCGCCCUCACCAUCAUCAUCACCACCAAGAGGGCCAAGAGCAGCAGCAGGAGGAACAUCAGAACCACCAGCAACAGCGAGACAACGGCCCUUUCUCCCCGCGCAGCGACUCCGCAAACCGCGCUCAGCACGAUUCUACCUUUAACAAUCCUGUCUCUCCUCCCAACGGUUUACCCUCUGUCUCGGGUAUGAAUGGUAUCAAGUCCGAGCCCAGUGAUGCAGGAAACGAUUUCGCCGGCACAGAGUCAGGUUAUCAGAACGAUCUCCGCCGUCAGUCCGCCGCCAGCGCCCUUCUGGCUCAACUCCUCGGCAACCAAUCUUCUGCGCCUCCCGCCGGCGCCGAAACACAACCUGCAGAAUCCUCAACCUCGACUAAUAACCCUCCCAAUCCGACCGAAAGCUCUCAAAAUAAUUCCUCAGAUCAAAUUGCGGGUGGCCAAGGAAAAACAAGCGUCUAUACAGAGAUCUCUGCGCCCGCAGAGUCGGCCGCCGGCCAAGACCAAUUUUCCGCAUCAACUGACUUACCACGCUUGCCCCGGGAUGGAGAGAAAAAUCGCGAAGAUAAACCCGCUGAUAUGUCGUUUCCGAAAUCCGAGGAAUCUGGGAAUCAUGGAGUUGAUGCAGUAAUCAAGACGCCGGAUCCUGCAGAAGGUUUGACGGAUCCUAUGAUGUUCUCCAAGGGGGGCCUGAACGACUCUGACCUUUUCACACCUUUCGAUCUCGCAUCUGCCGGGAAGAACCCUUUCGACAAUGAGAUGCUUACCUCGGCCUAUCUGUCCCAGUCUGCUGACCUCUCAACAUUGGGGUAUUCGGCAGGUCAUUUGCAGGAUGGUACAGGCUCGCUCGGCGGAUCGGAACCGCGCAUCCAGGCUUUUGCCAAAUUAGAAUUCGACGACGGACAUUUUUACUGCAAUACUUAUUCGUUCAUUCUGGGCCGAGACGUACGAGCAGCUCGGGCGGCGCAUCAGCGGGAGUUUCAGGCCAGGCAGGCGAUCAGGACAUCAAGGCCGAAAAGUUCGAGUGGUGGCAAUGCAUCGCACACGCCGGUUCGUGUAAAACAUGAGGGCAGUGGCAUGAUAGGAAGUGUUGUGAGCGACCGAGGUGGUAUCAUGGGACUUGACCCUGACAUUCCUGCUCAUCUUCCUAAACGUCUCAGUCGGAGGUCGUCACACUCGUCCGAAGCGGGCGCUCCACUACAUGCGACCCCGGCUCAACUCCAAUCCACUACUGACUACAAUGCGCUUGCGAUGCAAUCGCUGCACGAAACCAACGGAGAUGCAAAGCCUGUAGAUGCACUCGCUCUCCUACCUUCGCCCGAUGCUUGCCCGACUAUCCCCAUUCACCCUCCUACUACUCUUGACGGUAGUGCCGCUGGACACCGAGGCAUUUCACGUAAACAUGUCAAGAUUGCCUUCAACUUUGAUAAGAACCUGUUCGAAAUGGAAGUGAUGGGCAGAAAUGGUGCUUUUAUCGGUGCUGACUGGCUAUCGCCGGGUCAAGUCCGUCCUUUGCAUAGUGGUGAUUACAUACAAAUCGGCGGAGUGCGCAUACGAUUUUUGCUGCCAGAUGUACCGAUUGGCGAGACUGGAGCCGACAGAGUUGAGGAACCAUCGAUAGAAGAGGACGGGAAUGCCAAGGCAUCUGUCGGCGCCGAGAAUGACGCAGAAGGAGCUGCGGAAAAGAGUGCCAGCGAAGGAGCUGAAAACAAGGACCCAUCCAAGCCGACCAAGCUCAUUCUAAAGACCAAAGAAUCAGACCCUUCACGACCGGUGCCUUCUAUCGAAGGUACCGGAGACGGCGUUCAGCUCCCUGCUCGUCGAAGGGGUCCUGGGCGACCUCCCAAAGACGGCAUCAUGUCCAAGCGCGAACGUGCAGAGUUGGCAAGGGAGCAGAAACUGGCUGCGAAGCGGGAAGCGAACGGAGGCGUCACUCCUCCUCCGCUGAAUCGACCCAAAGCCGGUAAGACGACAACCACAGCCACACCAACGGUGGGCACUGCAGCCGCUACACCGAGCCUUCCUGGCGAGGGCGAGUCUCCCGGGUCGAAGCCGGAAAAGCGCAAGUACACCAAACGGAAGAAGCCGGACGGAACGCUCAUGGACUAUCCCCUGCCUUCUACUGAGGGUGGCCCAUUUCCUCUGGAACAACGCCCGGAAGAGUUCAUCAAGGCUCCUCCGGUCAAGAAGCGCAAACCUUCACGGUCACCCUCUCCCAACUACCCUCCCGAAUCCGCCUACACACCAGAGGAUCUGGCAAAGCCACCGUACAAUUACGCUGUGCUGAUCUUCGACGCCCUCACGGAAGCAGGUACGCCGAUGACCUUGAAGCAGAUCUAUCGUGCUCUGAAGUUGAAAUACCCCUAUUUCCGUUUCAAGUGCGAGACCGAGGGUUGGACCUCCAGUGUACGGCACAACUUGAACGGCAACAGCCACUUGUUCAUGCACGCCGAACGAGAUGGCAAAGGAUGGUCGUGGCAGCUUCGACCGGGGGCAUCCGUCGAAAAGGAAAAGAAGAGACGUCCGUCUCCUCCACCGCCAUCACAGCCUCCAUCCGUACCGGCUUCCGCCCCUCAAUACAUGCCACCGUUGAACCCAUCCUAUGGAAAUCCACAGAAUGGGCAAACGAAUCUGGCGAAUCAGCAUUUCCAGUUCCCGACGAUGCCUCCGAAUACCUAUGCUCCUCCCACACCAGCUCCUGCCUCUUCUGCUACAGCACCUGCCACCCCUGCUCCUCGUCAUCAAGAUCCAUAUCCUCCUCCUCACCCUCCGCCGCAGGCGGUCCCAGCCUCGGCCCCUUUCCCAAUACCCAGUCCAUUACGGAACAAUCUUCCGCCCGCCUUUGCUCAGACUACGCCUUCUACAUAUACUUCACCCUAUGCAUCCGAUCCCCCACCGCAGCUGGCUCAGUUUCAGCAACCUCAGCAACCGCAGCAACCACCAGGGAUGCACUCGCAAUCGCAACAUCACUCACCGUACCCUCCACACAAUGCUACUGCACCGCCACCGCCGCAACAACAGCAGCAUAUGCCACCUCCGCAUCCGAGCAACCCUCAGCAGCCACAGCAGUAUCUCGCACCGAACCAGGGACCACCGAUGCAGCCUCCACAGCAGCAUCAGCAACCCAACUACAAUGUGGCGCCCAUGAACGCGGCUCCCACGCCUAUGGGGGUUCCCGAAUCUGUGUCGUUUGAGGAGCGUGCAAGCAAAGCCAUUGAUGACUUUGAGGCUGUUCUCCUGGAAGACUAUGAGGACAAGAAUCACAUCAAGGAAGUGCUCAAGAGCGCACGGGCUCGUGCUCUGGGCCACGCGACAGAAAGCUCAUUCCCUGGCGGGGAGCCCAAGGACGAGGCUGUCAUUCUGGACGCGCUUCGCACCUUGAUUGGAGGCUUGAGAGACCAGUAA